AUGUGGAAUGGCUACAUUGAAUGUGGUCCACAUGUACAUGUUCAAGUUUACGGCUCAGACGAUGCUGGAACGGUGAAGCAUCAAUUCACACCGCCCCUCCACAUGUACAACCCUAUUAUGAACCAGCUCCCUCAAGGGAGCGCCUUGUUUGAACACGACGCCCAAGUCACAUCUAGUCAGGUCACAUCUUGUGACAUGGCCUUCUUUCGUCAAGCCACGACGGCGUCGUUGUCGACUUCGCCGACAGCCACCACCAUGACCACCAAUGAACGUGACAACGCCGGCUACACGAGGGCCCAGCCACAUGAGCACACGAGCGCCCAACAACACGAGCACACGAGCGCCCAACUACAUGAGCACGCGAGUGGCUGA